AUGCAGCUUGGACUGUUUCUGGUGGUGGUUUUUCUAAGCUUGAUGGAUCUGACAGGCAGCAGCAAGGUGGUGAAGGGCAAGAGGCAAAGACGAAGCACCCAAAGGGCAGGGGAGGAGCAGCUGUUUAGGGAGAAGCUGGCGCAGGUCAGUACCGAGGUGAGUCAUGGCUGUGCGAAAGGCUGUGACCUGUGCUCUGAGUUCAACGGGUGCCUGAAAUGUUCCCCCAAACUCUUCAUACUGCUGGAGAGGAAUGACAUCCGACAGAUCGGGAUCUGCCUGCCAUCCUGUCCGCUGGGGUACUUCGGUGUUCGCAAUCCAGACAUGAACAAGUGCAUCAAAUGCAAAAUUGAGAACUGUGAGGCCUGUUUCAGCCGAAACUUUUGCACAAAAUGUAAGGAAGGUUUGUACUUGCACAAAGGGAGAUGUUAUUCCACCUGCCCAGAAGGCUACUCUGCUGCCAAUGGCACGAUGGAGUGCAGCAGUCCUGCACAAUGUGAACUGAGCGAGUGGGGCCCCUGGGGCCCGUGCGCCAAGAAAAGGAAGCUGUGUGGCUUCAAGAAAGGCAACGAAGAGCGAUCGCGGAAGGUUCUGCAGGCUCCCUCUGGAGAUGUGUCCGUGUGUCCUGCCACGACAGAGCUCCGGAGAUGCACCGUGCAGAAGAACCAGUGCCCUGAAGGAAAAAGGAAGAGAAAGGAAGAGCAAGAAAAGCGAGAUAACACGAAUGGAAACAGAAACCAGAAAGACACCAAAGAUGCCAAAUCUGGCACCAAGAAAAGGAAAGGCCAGCAGAGAGGGACUGUGGUCCCCAUGACUCCUGCUAGCCCUGCUCAAUAGCUGCCCCUUUACAGUCACAUGAUGGCAAGAGUUCAUUGCUGCUAUGUAUAUGAAAGCUUUAUCGAACCGGAGCACUGCUACACAACAUACACAAUCAGAAAGAUAGACGGACAGACACAGAAACUACACAUACACAUAAAGACUGACAGAGACCACACACAUACGCAACACAGACUGCAAAGCGCAAACUUCUAAGAAGAGGAGUAAGAAA